UCGAACUGUCCUCCACGCUUCCAAUAGCCCAGGGAUGUGUGGCCCACAAAGGGGCAGAAAGUGAUUGCCUCUGGAUGGGCUCUCUCUAAGAAAAGCAGGGGUCUCCCAGGGAGCGUUCCACCAGAGAAGAGAAGGAAUGAGUGAGUCGUGAUGUUCAGACUGUCGCAGCUGCCCCUGGACCUCUAGCAAGAUGCCCGGCGAGAGCUAGGCUCACCAGGCCACACGGAUCCCGUCCACACGCCUGUUGCUUGGGAGUCGCCUUGGGGAGGGCAAGAUGGCUGUCAACAGCACUGUCCUGUUGAUGGCCAACGUCACCUACAUAACCGUGGAGAUUCUCAUCGGGCUCUGUGCCAUCGUGGGCAACAUGCUGGUCAUCUGGGUGGUCAAGCUGAACCCCAGCCUGCAGACUACCACCUUCUAUUUCAUUGUCUCCCUGGCCCUGGCUGACAUUGCCGUUGGGGUGCUGGUCAUGCCUUUGGCCAUUGUCAUCAGCCUGGGCAUCACCAUCCACUUUUAUAACUGCCUUUUCAUGACCUGCCUGCUGCUGAUCUUCACGCACGCUUCCAUCAUGUCCCUGCUAGCUAUUGCUGUGGAUCGAUACCUGCGGGUCAAGCUCACAGUCAGAUACAGGAGGGUUACCACCCAAAGAAGAAUAUGGUUGGCCCUGGGCCUUUGUUGGCUGCUGUCUUUCCUGGUGGGACUGACGCCCAUGUUUGGCUGGAACAUGAAACUGACCUCCGAGUAUGACCGAAAUGUCACCUUCCUUUCCUGCCAGUUCCGUUCUGUCAUGAGGAUGGACUACAUGGUCUACUUCAGCUUCUUCACUUGGAUUUUAAUCCCCCUGAUUGUCAUGUGUGCCAUCUACCUUGACAUAUUCUAUGUCAUCCGGAAUAAACUCAAUCAGAACUUUUCCAGCUCCAAAGAGACAGGUGCAUUUUAUGGACGGGAGUUCAAGACGGCCAAGUCUUUGUUUCUGGUUCUCUUCCUAUUUGCUUUGUCCUGGCUGCCUUUGUCCAUUAUCAACUGUAUCACCUACUUUCAUGGUGAGGUGCCGCAAAUCUUUCUGUACUUGGGCAUUCUGCUCUCCCAUGCUAACUCCAUGAUGAACCCUAUUGUCUAUGCUUAUAAAAUAAAGAAGUUCAAGGAGACCUAUCUUUUGAUCCUCAAAACCUGUAUGAUCUGCCAGUCCUCAGAUUCCUUGGACCCAAGCACUGAUCAGACUUCUGAGUAGUUAUCUGGCAAAGAUGACUCUUCUCUCCAUUGAUCUUCGGAUUCAGCAUCAGUAAACACUUGAGGACCUAUCCACCUGAGCCACGGCCUUUCAUGUCCUUAAUUCCUUCUACUGAGGUGGGAAGCGUUUGACUGACUGCCUCCAGUUGUACCUCCCCUAACAUCCCUUCCUAUAAUCCAAUUGUUUUUCCUGUCUUUCUUCUCUAAUUCAGUGUUCUGGAUGCCUGACUUGAGGAGAAUGUUCUAUGGUUACUACUACCUGUGGUUCCUCCUCCCCAAACAGGAGAAGUCAUGGAAUCUGAAGGAUGCCGUGUUGACUUAGUGAUGAAAGCUCCCGGUCCCACUGGACAUGGGUGUGGUGGUGACUCAGUUCCACUCUUCGUGGCACCAGGCAGAGAAACCACAACAGCAGAGGCCGGGGAGAUGGCAGGGACAGAAUGUCACAAAGGGGCACUGAAACUGCUGAGUUCACCUGUAACUGUGUUUGAGUGAAUAAAAGAUGACCACUAA